AUGCUGCUCUGGGUGAUCUUCCUCGUGACUCUCACCCUCAGCAGCGGCUCCCAUGGUUCCCUGCCCUCCCAGCCUCUCAGGAUCCCACGGUACGCAGAUGCCAUCUUCACUAACAGCUACCGGAAGGUUCUGGGCCAGCUGUCUGCCCGCAAGCUACUCCAGGAUAUCAUGAACAGGCAGCAGGGAGAGAGAAACCAGGAGCAAGGAGCAAAGGGCCGGCUUGGCCGUCAGGUGGACGGCGUGUGGACAGACCAACAGCAGAUGGCAUUGGAGAGCGUCUUGGUGAGCCUGCUGCAGGAGCGCAGGAAUUCCCAAGGAUGA